ACCGGCGACCUCGUCAGCCAGCGAUGUCGGGCCGUGGCAAGGGAGGCAAGGGGCUGGGCAAGGGACCUCCUCCCGAACCCGGACGGCAACGUCUUCCUCGACACCGACGCCGCCCUCUUGCGCUGCGGCGGCGGCGACGGGUACGCCAUCGCCACCCUCCGGAAGACGUCCCGCAGGAUGCCGCUCAGGGACGACGGCAUGCUCAAGGAGCCGGUGCUGUUCAAGCUCUGCCUGUACCGCUCCGCCGAGGGGUGGCGCUCCAGAAUUGUGCAGGUGGCCGAGCCGCUCCGGGACAGGGUGUGGCCGCCCGGUGGUGGAGACAGGGCGGUACCAUGAGAUGAACAAGGUGAUCACGCUCGGAGGCCCGCGUGGCACGGUUUGCUGGGUUGACCUCUGGCGCGGCAUCCUCGUAUGCAACGUGUUCGACGAAAAUCCCGUGCUCCACGACGUGCCUCUGCCGCAGCCGGCCAGGGGCAACUAGGCAUCUUACACCUACCACAAGUGUGUUGGAAUAAGCCACGGCGGUGGUGAUCAGUGUGCAUGCUGGUGGAGCCGGGCACUGGUUUGUGGCCGUGGAAACUGGCCUGCGGAGGACGUGGUGACCGCCGAGGAGUACCACCCACCUGAGACCUACCCGGAAGGCUUCCACUAGAAGCCACGCCAUCAACCCCACUGCGAUGGCUGGAAGGCCACCACAUGGAGCAUGCCGAUCCCGAUCCUUUCAUGGAAGGACUGGAGCCCUGGCUGCACUGUCUAUGUCGAUGAGAUCGUCGUUGAGCCAUUGCACUACAAGCUGCUGCCUGGAACGCCAGGCAGUAUCAGUGACAGUGAGCCCACCGAGUCCAUGUUGCUGUCAGUCCUCAGUCCUCGCCGCGGGUUUCCCCACAAUGAGUAUGGAUGAUGAUGUUGUUGUGUACCUGCUGUCCAAGGCAUGCUCCGCUGGCGAGAUGGAAGUGGUGAUUGCUGUUGAUUUGAGGAAGAAGACAUUGCGAGGAGUGGGCAAGCUUGUUGCCGGAAAAGACUUCACUGACACGCGCAACCGCACCACUGAGAUGUCCAAGUAUCUCAGUCUCAAUAAGACUGCAGGGCACUUGAAUUAGCUAUUGUAUUUGGUACAGACAAAAGAGAAGAGGAAUAGAGGAUAAACGAACUGAGCAGUAGAAAGUGGCAAGGAAAGAAGAAGUAUACUGUAUACAUGUGCCUUUGAGAUUUAAGGUAUCAUUCGCCGAAGCCCACACAUUCCAACACUUAUUUGGUGCGAGGUUUCCCUGGAAGCACACUUAUUAUGUUUUGAUAUAGUAGCAUCGCAGCGUGGCACUGACGAGAUGAGUAUAUGGGAUGAUUUGUGGUAGCAUAUUUUAUCUUGAAAUGGAUGAAGCUAGCAAAUGAUAAAUGGCCUUUGUAUCUGUUUAGGCAGCAAUACUCUCUGAAUUAAGUGUGUUGUCACCAGUCCUAUUGAUAUGUGCUAGCUCUGUAAAUGUCAGUUAGAAGAAAACAUCUACCGUAAACUGUUUUCACUCAUCUCUGACACAUCUUUGUCUCGUCAGUGAUAAAAUGACAUCUGAACUAGUAUUGUUGCACAGACUCAACAAAUAGUCUCUUGUACCAUUUCCCAGUGAUCUGGGACACACACAGGCAUAGGUCAAAAUACUUCCAGGCUGCUGGUAUACUUGUGUCGUUCCUGAU